AUGAGAGACCGAGUCAGUCGAAUGCUGAUCGCUAACGGAACAAUGUUCUUCCUAUGCCUGGCCCCAUUCGAACUGACAUCACUCUGGGCUAUGGUUACCAAUGAUACUUUCCUCGAAACUGGAAGGCCCUGGACUCAAUUCUGCCGCGUUAUGAUGUACUUGAAUUCAGCCGUCAAUCCCAUUAUUUACAACAUCACCAACCCCAGGUACCGCCAGGCCUUCAUGCGGGCUUUCAGCAAGAAGCAGGACGACGACACGAGUCCAAGACCCCGUCUACCGUCCAGCUCAGCCACCUGCGAGGGGAGAGCCAAGAACCCAAGUUCAAGAAGGAAGUUUCUCACUCCCAGUCCAAAUUCACACUCACACUGA